CCACUAGAUAAGAAAUCUUUCCACUGAUGUGUGUGGAAAGUUCGAGAGCUUUCAAUUAACGUUAAAUAAAGCCCAUUCAUUGUACCAACCAUCGCGGGCAUAUCCAGCGCCAACGCACCAAAGAUGCGACCGAUACGAUUGCCAACUACCCCUUCGCGGUGUCUCCGCCUCACCCCCUCCUCCUCCUCCUCCUCAACCACCUCCCCCUUCCUCCAAACCACAGCCCGCACCUUCAGCAGCACCCCCGCCCCCCCGCGCCAAAAGCCCUCCUACCUGACCGUCUCCCCCGAAGUCGUCCCCGACUACCCCUACGGGCGCCUACGAUGGUACAAGCAAGCGAACCAGGGCCUCUUCGCGGGUUCCAAGAUCCGCUUCGGCAACACCGUGGCCGAAAAAUACCGGAACAAGUCCCGCACCACCUGGCUGCCCAACCGCCACGUCAAGCGCCUGUGGUCGCCCUCCCUGGGAGCCUUCAUCCGCACGCGGCUGACCGCGCGCGUGCUGCACACCAUCGACCGCCUCGGCGGCAUCGACGAGUACCUGCUGGGGUCCAAGGCGCGCCGCAUCAAGGACCUCGGCCCCGCCGGCUGGGCCCUGCGCUGGAAGAUCAUCCAGACGCCCGCCAUCCAGCGGCGCUUCGCGCUCGAGCGCGCCGCCUUGGGGUUGCCGCCCAAGGAGGUCGAAGGAGGCGAAGGGGGGGAAGCAGCGCUGCCGAGCGAAUUGGCUGCCGAGGGCCUCACGUCGGAGGAUGUGCUGAAUGAGGUCGACCUCAUGCUGAAGAAUGACGAGGAGUUUAUGAUUGGCGCGUUGCAGGAGGGGGAAGUGAUCGCCGCCGAGACGGAGAGCGAGGCCGUUGAAGGGGCUACUCAGGAUUCUCGGGAUAUCGACUUCAACUCAGAGGAAUUAGGACAGGAGAGGCCGAAGGAGGAUAAUUCCAAGCCUUUGUAGCCCGUCGAAAUCGACUCGCUUCUCCUACUUGGUUUCUACGGAUAUGGCGCUCGCACGACGGACUCUACAAAUGGCACAAAUAAACCAAAAUCUAGGGUCAAGGGGUCAAGGGGUCAAGGGGGUUCUUAAAAUGGCAUUCAUUAUACCAUACAUCAAUGAUCUCUUUUACAAAAUGCAUCAAAGCGCGCA